AUUGUGUGAGAGCAUUAAGACAACAAACACCAUCGAUUCGAACCCAUUUCUCUUGCACUUCUAUAUAUCCGGGUUUCACGCGUGACUUGCGGGCAAGUUGCUUUUUUGUGUUUUUUGUUUUCGUUUUGUAUUCAGAAGUUUGAAGCAAACCUAACCCACAAUUCAAAAUUGUAACUUGAUGAUAUGUGAGGGAACUAGGCUUGAAAAUCUCAUCUGGAUGAAGACGUGUGAAAUCUUUAAUAGAUGUCAGUACUGUCAUUGAAUUAGAAAUAUCACAAAGAUUGUGAUUAACAAUGGCUCCUGGAGGCAGCACUUGUAAAGAAGUUAUUGUAUCUCAUCCGACAGUUGCAGACUAUGACAUUAAGGCAGAAAAUAAUAGUUCACUUGCAAAAACUAGUGUUGGUUUGGCUGGAAAACAUGGGAUUUGUUCAAACAAUGGUGUGAAUGAGCUCCUUGAGUGCCCUGUGUGCAGAAGUUUAAUGUACCCUCCAAUUCAUCAGUGCCCAAAUGGACACACUUUAUGUUCAAACUGCAAGAAUAGAGUACAUAAUUGUUGCCCAACAUGCCGCUAUGAUCUUGGAAAUAUCAGGUGUUUGGCUUUGGAAAAAGUUGCAGAAUCGUUGGAACUCCCCUGCAAAUACCAGGGUUUAGGUUGUCAUGACAUUUUUCCCUACUACAGCAAGCUCAAGCACGAGCAGCACUGUCAUUAUCGUCCAUACAAUUGCCCUUAUGCUGGGUCUGAGUGCUCUGUCACAGGUGAUAUACCAACCCUUGUUGCGCAUCUUAAGAAUGACCACAAGGUUGAUAUGCACAAUGGUUGUACAUUCAACCACCGUUAUGUCAAAUCGGAUCCAAAUGAAGUUGAAAAUGCCACAUGGAUGUUAACUGUCUUUAACUGCUUUGGAAGACAAUUUUGCUUGCAUUUUGAGGCUUUUCAGCUUGGCAUGGCACUGGUCUAUAUGGCCUUUUUACGGUUUAUGGGUGAUGAUAAUGAGGCAAAGAAAUUCAGCUACAGUUUGGAAGUCGGUGCAAAUGGACGGAAGCUAACAUGGCAAGGAGUUCCAAGGAGCAUCCGCGACAGCCACAGGAAAGUUCGUGACAGCCAGGAUGGACUUAUUAUUCAGAGGAAUUUGGCGCUCUACUUUUCCGGUGGAGAUAGGCAGGAGCUGAAGUUGAGGAUCACAGGCCGUAUAUGGAAAGAAGAAUGAGAAAACAAAGAGGGUGUUGGACAUUAGGGUGAUUGACGAUUGUACAGUGCAAAAUUUCUGAGACUCACCAGCAUUGCACCAAGCGCGAAGUAUGAUGCUUGAAUUUUUCUGAUUCCACGUUUGCUUUUGUGCUUGUAUUGUCUUAUGAUUUGAGGCCUUUGUUGUGUAAAGAACUUUUCUGUCAGCUCGUCGCUGCUUGGGACAGAUCUGGUUGAAGUUAGUGUAGGAACUGAAAUUCAUAGAUUUCAAUUUGGCAGCUGCUCAAAAGUCCAUGCAGCAAAAUGCGUUUGUAGUUCACCUAUUUGUUAUCUUGUUUAAUCUACAAUCCUUUGCCUCCUUGUGUUCUUCAUACAAUAUCUGGAAUUUGUUAUGAAUUUCAAUCACCGUUGCUCUC